AUGGGGGGGGGGGGGGUUGUGGGGUAUGGAGGGGGUUUGUGUUGGGGUGUGGGGGUGGGUUGGGUGGGGGGGGGGGGGGUGGGGGUUGGGGUGGGGGUUUGGGGGGUGGUGUGUUUGGUUGGGUGGUUGGGGGGGGUGGGGGGGGGGGGUGGGGGGGUUGGUUGUGGGGGGGGUGUGGGGGUGUGGGGGGUUUGGUGUGGGGGGGUUGUUGGUUGGGGGUGGGGGGUAUGGGGUUGUUGGGGUGGUAUUGAUGGAGUGAUAGUGGGGUGUGUGGUGGGGGGGGUUUGUUUUUUUGGGGGUUUGGGUGGUGGAUGGGGGGGAGUAGUUGAUGGGGGGGGGGGGGGGGGGGUGGGUUGGGGGAUGGGGGGGUUUGGGGGGAUGGGGAAGUGGGGUAUUGUAGUUUGGUGUAGGGGGGGUAUGGGGGGGGGGGGGGAUGAGGUUGGGGUAAGGGAUUUGAUUGGUGAAUUUGAUGUUGGGUUUGUGGGGUUGGGGGUUUUAAGGGUGGGGUUUUGGGUGUGGGGGAGGUUGUUGGGGGGUGUUGGUUUGGUGGGUGUGUGGUGGGGUGUAGUGGGGGUGGUUGGGGUGAUAGGUGGGGGGGGGUGGGGGGGGUUGGAUUGGGGGUGGGGUUGGGGUUGUGAGUUUUGGGGGGGGUGUUGGGGGUAA